CCCCCCCCCCCGCACGCGCGGGCCGGAUCUGGGGCGGCGGCCGGUCUACAGGACGGCGGCCACAUCACCUAGCGAGCCACCACUGCUUCGGGCGUUUCUGUGCGGAGCAGAAGGGGGCCGGAGUGGAGGUGCCCGCCGGCGGCUGGAUCUGGGGCGGCGGCCGGAGUUCAGGGAGAGGAGGGGGCGGACGGAGUAGGGGGGCGGCGGACAGCUGCUGAGCGUGUGCGGGCGACUCACGGGGAGCGAAGGGGGAUCGGGCAGGGGAGAAGGGCGCCUGGUUUUGUUCAGUGGCAAUUGCGGGUAAAUAAUCUGCAAGUUGGUGGCGAGGUCUGUAUCGUCGUUGGUUGAGAAGCGGUUCCAGAGCGCGGGGGAGCGGGUUCUAUCCGAUCCUUGCGUUCAACGUAAAAACAGGGAUCGAUUCCCUUGCUCCCACGAAGAAUCGCUCCUCAAGAAACGUUGUUUGGCACGGAUCCUUGGAUUCUCAGCGAGAAUCGGGAGCGGGGAGCCGUGCCAAACUGGCCCUCAAUCGACCUUAUGCCUAUUUUUUAAAUAAUUUAUUUAUAUUGGAAUUGUGACACUAUGAGUCUACUGUGUAAGGCAUUGGACUUGUGGGUCCUGCCAAGCAUAUACCCUAUUGCAAAUUUAUUUAGAUCUUCACUAAUGGAACCAAAUUAUGUGGUCUUAGACUGAACAAGGAGGCAGCGAAGGAAGCUUGAAAAGAGAUGUCAUUGGGUUACGCGGAGAAGCUGUCCUUCCGGGAGGAUGUGGGUACUGUGGGAAUGCCCGAGAUCUUCGACCCACCUGAACUAGUCCAGAAUAAGAUAGAAGAGCUUGCAGUCAUGGUGCAAAAGAGUAAGCAUUUAGUGGUGUUUACCGGAGCAGGGAUAUCAACUUCAUCAGGGAUACCUGAUUUUCGAGGGCCCAAGGGUGUCUGGACCUUACAGCGUGCAGGCAAAGGUGUUCCUAAUGCAUCGCUCCCUUUCCAUCGAGCUGUUCCAAGCUUGACCCAUAUGGCACUAGUUGAAUUGGAAAGAGCAGGACUUCUGAAGUUCAUCAUAAGCCAGAACGUUGACAGUCUACAUCUCCGUUCUGGUUUCCCAAGGGAGAAGCUGUCUGAAUUACAUGGAAAUUCUUUCAAGGAGAUCUGCCCAUGCUGUAAAACUGAGUACCUUCGUGAUUUUGAGAUUGAGACAAUAGGACUGAAGGAUACUCCGAGGCGUUGUUCUGACAAGAAUUGUGGAGCUAGAUUGAAAGAUACAGUUCUUGACUGGGAAGAUGCUUUACCCCCUGAGGAGAUGAACUCUGCCAAGGAGCAUUGUCGAUCAGCUGAUCUUGUCCUUUGUCUAGGAACUAGCUUGCAAAUUACUCCUGCAUGUAAUAUGCCUCUGAUGUCAAUCAAGAACGGUGGGAGGGUGGCUAUUGUAAAUCUUCAGGCAACUCCAAAGGAUAAAAAAGCAAGCCUUGUCAUUCAUGGACUUGUAGAUAAGGUAGCUGUUACCUUGCCACUUAUCCAAGGUGUAAACACAACGCAAAGGAGCUGGAAUGUGACGACUGUAAUAGCUGGAGUCAUGAGCAAGUUGAAUCUGCGAAUUCCUCCAUAUAUACGAACUGACCUUGUUCAGCUAACUCUCCGUCAUUCACUAAAAAAGAAAUGUGUUAGAUGGACUCUCCGAGUAACCAGUAUUCAUGGCCUCCGAGCACCAUUGCCAUUUAUUCAGUCAAUUGAGGUUUCCUUUCCAGAAAGACCUGACAUGAAGCCUGUAGUGCUUAAGGAGCAACCAUUUUCUUUGCAGAGGGAAACAUCCAUGAAUAGAUCAUUUUUCAUGCUGUUGAAAUUGAACUUCAGUGAUGGCUGCAGCUGCUUGAGCUCAUCAAUUGGAUGGCCUGUUGAUUUUCAGAAGCAAAAAGACAGCUUUGUUAGAGAUAGAACUCUCGUCAUACGGGAGUUGCAAUGUGCUGCGGAGCAUGAGUCUUGCGCUGGGCAACAAGAGAUUCUCGAAAGGGAGUGCUUGCCAAGAGCUGAGACCGCUAUUCAUGCAAUCGUGACAAACAUUGUUAGUUACGACAUGGGAGAUGACAAGGUUCCACUACCCAGGGACUCUGGAAUGAACUGUGGCAGCAGCAACCCUGCCAAACGGAACAUGGAAGGCACUGGUUGCUAUCCGGCAGCAGCGCCUAAGAAGCUCAAGUAUUUCUUUCUGAAAGAUGAGAAGCUAAACUGCUAGAAAGGUAAAUGCAUAGAACAUGGAUGUUUGUUUUGGUUGUUAGACUAGAUAGCAUAGAUGCAUGAGAAGUUGACAUGCAAAGGCUGAACAGCUCUUUUGUUGCAUAGGAAAGUUGGCAGACAUUUUGUAUGAUACAACUAGCGUAGGUUGGCUACCUCAUGUUGGGAAAUCGGGUGAAACACUUGUAGCAUAUUGUAGAGCUUCCCGUGUUAAAAUGUUUGCGAAUCGAGUGACUGCUGUACUGUCCUCGUAUUCUGCGUGGUGGUUAUCGAUGAACUUAUAAGGCGUCCUAGUCUUUUUGUAUCCCUUCUGGUCGAUCAUUUAACAUUCCAUGGCACCUAGUGCACAUCA